AUGCGCGCAGCAGCGCCCGAGCGCAAGAGGCCUGAAAGCGGAGCCCAUGAUCCGCUCAAGCAGACCCAGCGUGCACUGGCCGAAGCGCAGAAAACGAUUGCUGAGCAGCAGCAGCGUGAGAAGGAGCUCAAGAAGCUGCUCGAGCUCCAGAGCCUCGUCGAAAGUGGUGACGGCACCAACGCGCUUCUCGAAGCCAAGACGCAGGCACUCAACAACAUUCACUCGCAAAAAGUCCGGUCGUUAAUGAAGUCGAUUCACCAACUGCAAGAGCAAGUGAGUGUCAUGAAGGCCCAAGACAACGAACACCGCCGGUCCGCGCUCAUUCAGAGCUUGCGCAAGAAGCAGCGCGAGCAAGAUUUGCUCAUCGACGUCCUCAAGGAGGCGCUCGCGACCAAAGCCCCCGAGUUCCAAGACUCUGGCCCCAAACGAUUCCGGCCCAAGACCCGCGAAGAGCUCGAGCUCGAGUUUCUCGAUCUCGAUAAAAAGUACAAGCGCGUCGUGCAGAGCCUCAAGUCGACCAAAGCGGCAAUGGCCUCCAACGCCAAAGAAGAAGAAGCGUCGCCGCAAGACAAUCGCGACGCCCACGAGGACGACGACGAGGCAAAGUCGAUUGCAGCCAACGACGCGGAAGCCGUCAAGACCCUUCAGGAAGAAGUGGACCGGCUUCGCAUUGCUAUCGCGUCCAAAGAUGUCAACCUCCAAGCGCAGCUAACCGAGAUCGAGACGCUGCAGCGGCAGCUCGCACAGCUCACGGCCAUUCAAGACAAGUGUGAUCGGGCCAAGCAAAAGUACGCAGCGAGCAAGGAGGCGCUCGGAAAGAUCGAACACGAUUCGAUCCAGCUCAUCCAGCAAAAGGAAAAAGAGAGCGAGGCGCGCGCGCAAGCGGAAGCGGAGCUCGCAUUUUUCAAAGAGGCCCACGCCAACGACGUGGCGCAGAGCGAUCGCGAAAAGCUCGACCUCCUCGAACGCAUCAAGGCCAUGCACGCGCACGAAAUCGACCUCCAAACGCAGCUCGAAGACCAGCAAAAAAAGUGGUGUCUCGACCGGUCCAACCUCCAUGCGCAGCUACGUGCGUUCGAAAAGCAGCUGCAAGCCGCACACGACGAAGCGCAGGCGGCCCGCGCAGCCACCGACACGAUGCUGCAGGCCAAGGAGUCCAUGUCGCAAAAGAUUGUCGAAUUGAACGACGCGCUUGCCGCGGCGACGGCGGCUCAGGCCGUCGUCACGCCAUCCUCUGCGCCAGGGCCAAGUGCGCAAGAAUUGGCCGUGCAGCACGUCACGUGGCAGCAAGCGAUCGAUGAGCGCGAUCUCAAACUCCGGGCACUCGACAAACAGGUUUUGGCCGCCAAGCUCUUGGCGCGCCAGAGCAAGAAGGAAAAAGAGCAGCUACUGCAGCAGAUCGACAAGCUUCGCACGUUGCUGGCCGACGCUGCACCCAAAACCGACGCGUCCGCGCUUCUCUCUCAGCUCAAGGCGCCGACCUCUUCAACCGACGCGAGUGGUAUGUAAGGGCGCAUGGCAUCCUUUCGUUAAGCCUACUACACAAAGAGCAUGUUUGUGGGCGCG